AUGAUCAUCAAAAGUGACAAAUGUAAAUUAGCCUUAACUGAUUCAAAAAUUUCAAUUGAUGAAUACAGACAUGCUCAAAAUGUGUGGAAAGCCUUUAAUAUACAAACCUUGGGUGAAUAUAGUGAUUUAUAUUUAAAAACGGAUGUUUUAUUACUUGCUGAUAUUUUUGAAAAUUUUCGCGAUAUGUGCUUGGAAAAAUACCUCUUAGACCCCUGCCAUUAUUAUACUUUACCUGGGUUCACCUGGCAGGCAAUGUUAAAAUAUACGAAAGUUGAAUUAGAAUUACUAACUGAUAUUGAUAUGAUAAUGUUUGUGGAGCAAGGUACUCGGGGUGGAUUAAGCCAAUGCAGUAAUCGAUAUGCUAAAGCAAAUAAUAAAUAUAUGACAAAUUAUGAUUGUAAUAAAAAGAGUGAAUAUUUAGUGUAUUGGGAUGUGAAUGGUAUGUAUGCUUGGGCAAUGCAACAGUGUCUUCCGUUAAAGAAUUUUCAAUGGUGUACCGAUACUGACAUUGAUGUAAAGUCUAUACCAGAUGAUAAUCCUGAAGGAUACAUUUUUGAAGUUGAUUUAAAAUAUCCAGAUGAUAUACAUGACAGCCAUAAUGAUCUACCCCUGUGUCCAACUCACGAAAAGCCUCCAGGGGGGAAAAGUAAAAAGCUUAUUGCAACAUUGUACGAUAAGAAAAAAUAUAUUUUGCAUUAUAGAAAUUUAAAACAGUGUUUACAAUAUGGGAUGAUUUUAGAAAAAGUACAUCGUAUAUUAAAAUUUGAACAGUCAGCAUGGCUCAAACCAUACAUCGAUUUGAAUAUAAAAAUGAGAGCUGAAUCAAAGAGUAAUUUUGAAAAAAAUUUAUACAAGUUAAUGAACAAUGCUGUGUUUGGGAAAACUAUGGAAAAUGUUCGAAAAAGAAGGGUGGUAAAAUUACGAACCCGAUGGCUUGGUCGAUAUGGGGUAAAAGUAUUGAUUGCUAAACCAAACUUUUAUAAUCGUACAAUAUUCAGUGAAAAUUUAGUAGCAAUUGAAUUGAAAAAUCUAACUUUAUAUUACGAUAGACCGAUGAUUGUGGGAAUGGUUACUUUAGAUAUUGCAAGAACUAAAAUAAAUGAUUUUCAUCAUGGUUAUGUCAAAACCAAAUUUGGUAAUAAGGCUAAAGGAUUGCAUACCGAUACGGAUUCAAUAAUCUAUAUCGUUGAGACCGAUGACAUAUAUGAGAUUAUUAAAGCAGACAUACAUAAAUUUGAUACAAGCGAUUAUGAACCUAAUAAUAUUUAUGGCAUACCAUUAGUUAAUAAAAAAGUGUCUGGAUUAAUGAAGGAUGAAUUAAAUGGAAAGAUUAUGACUGAGUUUAUUGGAUUAAGAUCAAAAAUGUAUACCUAUAAGAUUGAUAAUGAUAAUGAAAAUAUUGUGAAAAAGAUAAAAGAUUGA